AUGCGUGUCGUCAUCCAGCGAGUCAAACAGGCCUCUGUACAUGUCGAUGAAAAACUAAUUAGCGAAAUCGGACGGGGUAUUCUGGUGCUGGUUGGAAUCGCCCGCGACGACGCGGAUGCGGAUCUGAACUACAUGUAA